AUGGCAGGGGUAUUCGAAGACCAGGAGAGCUCUACCAAGACAGGCAGUCGGUACAUCGUUCAAAAUGUUCAGGAUGUAGAAGAUCAGCACUUCAACCCGCAGCCGGGUCCAUCGAGCGCUGCCAUCGCCGACGACGGGCAGAUCGUUACCCAGUAUGAACGCCAAAGCUUGAUCCGGGGUCUGGGGCAGCGCCAUAUUCAGAUGAUUGCCAUUGCGGGUGCAAUUGGUACAGGUCUCUUCCUCGGUCUGGGUGGCUCAAUCGCCACCGGUGGUCCGCUGGGUGCCUUGCUAGGUUACCUGUUUAUCGGCCUGGUAGUUUGCAGCAUUCAAUUUGCACUGGGAGAAGUCUCAGCCCUGCUACCAGUCACUGGUUCUUUUGUGCGACACGCGGAGAUUUUGGUUGAUCCCGCGCUGGCAUUUGCGGUCGGCUGGAAUGUUGUUUAUGGAUGCUUUAUCAGCGUUCCGAGUGAGAUCUCCGCCAGCGUGGUCCUUAUUCAGUACUGGACGGAUAUCAAUGCCGCCGUCUGGGUGACUAUCCUCAUAGUGGUGUCUGUGGUUGUUGCCAUCUCGUUUAUCCGCGUCUAUGGCGAGAUCGAAUUCAUUUUCGCCAUUCUCAAGAUCCUGCUGGUGAUUUUCGUGGUCAUUCUGGGACUUGUGAUUGAUCUCGGUGGUGUGCCGGGUGUACCCCGACGGGGCUUCUACUACUGGAAAGACCCCGGCCCGUUCGUUGAGUAUAUUGCUACUGGGUCUUUGGGACGCUUUCUCGGGUUCUGGGCUGUUAUGACCAAUGCAGUCUACUCGUUCGCAGGUGUGGAAUCUUUGGCCAUGGCUGCUGCUGAAACAAAAAACCCGCGACAGAAUAUUCCCAAGGCCUGCAAAAGGGUGUUUGCACGAGUGUCUAUCUUCUACGUCGCCGCUGUCCUGAUUGUUGGCAUGUUGGUCUCCAGCGCCGAUAAACGUCUUGGCUCAGACUCUGGCACUGCGGCUACGAGUCCGUUCGUCAUUGCUGCCGGCGAUGCAGGUAUCAAGGCUAUUCCAUCUGUUGUGAAUGCCGUAUGCUUGACUUCUGCGUGGUCUGCAUCGAACCAGAGUAUUCUGGCGGGAACAAGAACUUUAUAUGGUCUUGCGAUCAAGGGCCAUGCUCCGAAGAUAUUCCUGCGCACUUCCAAGUGGGGAGUGCCGUACAUGUGUGUGCUGCUGCAGGUUGCCUUUUCCUUACUGGCUUACAUGUGUGUUUCCAACAACGCCAUGAAUGUCUUCUGGUGGUUCGUUGACUUGACCGCGGCUGGCACCUUGGUCUCGUGGAUCACCAUCGCUUUGAACCAUAUUCGUCUGUUGCAAGCGUUGGAUAGACAGGGCAUAUCACCAACGGAGUUGCCGUGGCAUAAUCGCAUUACCAGAUACACAAGCUGGUUCGCGUUGGUCUCUUGUGUCCUGAUUCUCCUGACUGGAGGAUUCGAAGUUUUCACGGCAGGAAAUUGGGACCCUGCCUCGUUUGUCUCUUCGUAUCUGGACAUUCCCCUCGUCCUCUUUGCGUACGGAGGCUAUAAGUUGAUCCGCCGGACAGAGAUUCUUCCUCUGAAGAUGGUACCGGUUCAACAAGCGAUAGACGAAGCCAACAAUGACCCAGAUAACGUGCCGAUCAAGAAAGACAGCAUAUUGGCAAAGAUGAAUAUUCUUUGGGGCUGA